AUGUCAAUUAACUCUGCGCACUGUAACGACGGAAUUUCCAUUUACGCAGACGAGCGAAUAAUAUUCAGAAAGAAUGAAGUUUACUUAAAGUUCAAAGGGAGCAACUUGCCGGAAUCGAUGAGAAAAGAAGCAAGAGGGGCCAUGUAUUUGACACAGUUCAGAAUGAUUUUCCUGAGUGAGAAGUGUAAAGGUCCUUUGAAAUCAUUCAGUUUUCCCUUCCAUUCCAUAAGUGAUCUGGACAUAAAACAGCCAUUGUUCGGCGCCAACUACAUAACUGCCCUCGUACUGGCUGAAAUUGACGGAGGAUUCGAGGGUUCUGCCAGCUUCGAUUUGACAUUCAAAGACGGAGGAGCCAUCGACUUUGGCAAACUCCUGUUUAAGACUGUCAAACAAUGUCAGGCCCAACCGAGGUGGGUGCCUACUGGUCCCCCCUCAUAUUUUGAUGUCAUGGCUGGAGAAAUGGGAUACCCCGGUCCGGGAUACCCUUCUACAUCUGGAGGCGCGGGACCCCCCGGAUAUAGCAGUGCAGACGCUCCCCCUCCAGCGUACGGUUUCAACCCGAACGCAGCUGGUGGCAGUGGAGCAGCUGGCUAUGCGCAGCCGCCUCCAGCAUAUUACAGCGCGGAUAAUCCUAAUACGGCUAUGAUGCCAAAUGGAGGAGCUUCUUCUAGUCAUAAUCAUGAUCCGAGUGCACCUCCGCCGUGUUACGAAUUUGCCGAUGGAGCAAAGAAGGACAAUUGA